AUGAAUAGCAAUGAUAAAUUAACAUUACCGCCCAUUUCAACGAUGGAUCGACCACCAUCUGCUAGUUCUAGUUCAUCGUUUUUAUCAACAUCAUUACCUACUCCAAGAUUAGAGCAUUGGUCAUCACCACCAUUUAUAAAUAGACAACCUAAUGAACCAGAUAAAUUGAAUAAAGAUAUUAAUGAAGUAGUAUACCAAUGUAAUAUAAUCUGUGAUAAUAUGAUUCAAGGAAAAGGACAGUUUAUACAUUUACAAUCACAGCAAGAUAUGGCAUCAACAAGAUUAUGGUUAGACGAUAUGGUGAAUAGAGCUAAUGAAGUGCUGAAUGCGUUAUUAAGAUUAAGAAAAUAUCAAAUGGCUGCAGAGCAAACGCGUGCUUCAAAUAGUGAAGCAUCGUUCAAUCAACAAGAAUCCACAUCAUCAUCAAGACAGCGUAAAAGAGUGCAGAAAAGACCUGCGUUUCAAGGAAGAUGCCAUUCAUGUAAUAUAUCUGAAACACCAGAAUGGCGACGAGGUCCUGAUGGUGCACGUACUCUCUGUAAUGCUUGCGGAUUGCAUUAUGCAAAGCUAACUAAAAAGCAACAACAACAACAACAACAAACACAACUAUUACAAAUAAUGAAAGCACAGCAACAGGAACAAGAACAAGAACAAGAACAAGAACAAGAACAACAAGAACAAGAACAGCGGUCUCCGCAGCAACAUCAAUAUCAGUAUCCAUAUCAACAACAACAAGAGGAGCAAAUGGUACUGAGUCAUUCUAUUUCAUCUGCAGAUGAACUAUCUAGAAAAAUGACUCCACCAAGAGAUGACGAUGACAUUAGUCUAGAUAGAUUGUCAACAGGUUAA